GGUAAUCAACUGCAAGACAUUCCAUGGUCUAUUAUUUACCUGCGGCAACUCAAGGAGCUCGAUGUUUCCUUCAAUGCUUUGGUAGGUGCUGGUUUUAUACAAUUUUGAGAUUGUUUUAUUCAGCCUACACAAUAUUAUUAAUUCACAGCAGCUGAUCACAUGUGGCUUGAUAUAUAUUGGAGAAAAGAUAUUAUCUGUACCACAUUGUUGUAAGUGUAUAAUAGGCUCAUUUAUUACUUAUUUCACGAUACUAAGUCACUUUUGGCAAAUUCUUUUUGCUAAAAUGUGGAAAAGGCCAAGGCUUAAUUUAAAUGGAAAUGAAAUACUGUAUACAAUUUUGUGUAGACAGUAACACAACCACAUACCGUUAUUGGUUAUGGUACUUGUUAACCACCUUUUAAAAGUUCCCGGAAAUUCAAGCACGCAGUUAAUUUGUGUUCUCAAAGAACUGUCCAUCCAUCAGUGAAAAAUUGAUCAUUAAUUCUUUUUGUUUUCUUGUACAUUAGCAUGUUCAUAUUUUGUUGGCUAAAUAAUAAUUGUCCAUUUAUUUCUAUGUAAAAAAAAUAUUUUCAAUUAUAUUCUAUGUGUUUAUGUUACUCUUUAAUUUGCUUAUUCACUAUGAGCUGUUAGCUGUUAUUGUUUCCCCUUAUUAUUAUAUUUAUCAAUUUUUAUUUUAUUAGAGUGUUCUUCCAAGAAUUGUGUGCUAUGUUCCAACCUUGCAAGUUCUAUCAUUUCGGUAAGAAGACUAAAACUUUGCCACAGAAAUAUAUUGUUCCUCAAAGAAUAAAGAAUCAAGAGCAAUAUUAAAUUAAGUGACUGUGCUUUAUUCAAGAGAGUGCUUCUUUUUUCAAGUGUAAGCUGUUUAGUUUUGAAAGCCAUAAAAUUCAUCUGUUAGCCCUUUUGGGCGCCUUCACAGACCCAAAUGACAGAUUUUCCUACCCUGUCAUAUCCUUCAACGGUAAAAUCCCCACCCUUUCAUAUACCUGAAGUCUAAAAAUGGUACCCCUUUCAGGUGGAGCGUCCCUGUAUAGGCCAUUAUGGAGAGUACCCCCUGGGCGUGGCAUGCAUCACAAUGGCUGGGGCAUAUAAAGUCUCUAUUUUCUUAGUGCUCUAGAGUACUUUUAAAAGUACGUAUAAGUUCAUGGUGAAGAAAAUAUUCCAAGAGGACUAAUACUAACCCUCCAUCCUCUCUCUUUUUUUCUUUUUCUUCAGAAACAACUUUAUCACCUAUUUACCAACAGAGCUGCUUAAUUUACCCAAUCUUAAGACUUUAGGGGUGCAAGAUAAUCCCUUGGUUUCGCCUCCUCCAGCAAUCGCAGAGAGAGGAAGAGAAUCCAUUUUAGCUUACCUUAGA